CUAAUAUACUAUUACGUAAAACUUCAGUGGUCCAAAAUAAAAAAGUAUACCCCUCCUUCUCACAACGAAAAAACAUAUUCCUUCCUCAUUCUCUUCGUUCGUCUGCGUUUCGGUUGAGCUGAUCAAUUAGCUAAAUUAUUACUCUUUCCGUCUGAAUAUUUACGGCAAAUCUGUCGAAGAAGAAGGAGAAGAGUACUAAAAUCUAUAUACUCUCUAGUCCAUGGGUUGUUCGGCUUCUUUGCCAGAUAGGAGUUCGGGUCGAUUGGGCGGACUGAAUCCAGAUAACAGUGGUGGGAAUGAUGCUAAGAACCUCCGAGUGAAGUUGGUGCUGUUAGGUGAUUCUGGAGUUGGCAAAAGCUGCAUUGUUCUUCGUUUUGUCCGUGGCCAGUUUGAUCCAACAUCUAAGGUAACUAUUGGAGCUUCGUUCUUGUCUCAGACAAUAGCCCUGCAGGAUUCCACGACAGUUAAGUAUGAAAUCUGGGAUACUGCUGGUCAAGAGAGGUAUGCAGCACUAGCUCCCUUAUAUUAUAGAGGUGCAGCUGUUGCAGUUGUGGUAUAUGACAUCACCAGUCCUGAAUCUUUUGCCAAAGCACAAUAUUGGGUCAAGGAACUGCAAAAACAUGGAAGCCCUGGAAUAAUCAUGGCUUUGGUAGGGAACAAAGCAGAUCUCCAGGAAAAACGAGAAGUAUCUGUUCAAGACGGAGCGGAAUAUGCGGAGAAGAAUGGGAUGUUCUUCAUUGAGACAUCUGCCAAGACAGCAGACAAUAUCAACCAGUUAUUUGAGGAAAUCGCGAAGAGACUCCCACGGCCCUCCCUUCCUGAUAUGAAUGCAUCCUAAAAACACGAAAUUGUGUAACGCAGCAAGCUGCGUCUGUCUGUAAUAUUAUGUAUAUCUGGUCGCACCCAUUUGCACUAAUAAAUCUGUGAUUACAGUUAUCAAUUUGUGCUGAAAAACAAGGUUUGUCUCUUUCUUCG